AUGACCUUAGGCUUCAACAUCUACAAUGACUAUUUUAGUCCCAAACAUACUUACAAAGCUUCAAUGGAGCUCCUCUUUGCUUCAGAUGCAUUCAUCCCUAAUUAUAAAUGUCAUCUACAAAAUAAUCUGAUAGCUGUCAUUGGAGGACCAAGUCCUGUUGCUUUUCUUGAUAUAGCUACCAUCGUGACACGUUACAAGUUUGUACAAGUUGCAUAUAGCUCUACUCUAGAGAUCAAGACCCAAACUCUAUCUCGUUUCUUCUACUGGAUGCUCCCAAAUGCAAUUAGUCAGUACCAAGGACUUCUCCAGAUUCUUCUGCAUUUUGGCUGGACCUGGAUCGGGGUAUUUUUCCUUAACAUUGGCAACAUAGCAGAUAUUUUAUGGAGGAAUAUUCUUCCUAUGUUUUCCCAAAAAGGGGUCUGCUUUGAAUUUAUAGAAAAAAUACCAGCUGGUUUUCUCAACGAAGAUGAGAAAAUUGUUCACAGAUCCCAUGCCAUUUUAAACACAGUUUUCAACAGCACAACUAACGUCGUGUUGCUUCACGGGGAAUUUCAGAGUAUAUUAAACGUAAGGUUUUUACUCAACCUGUUGGAGUUUAGCAAUCUAAGUUAUGGUACAAAAAUCUGGGUGAUGAUGGCAGAUGUUGACUUCUCAUCGGUUCUCUUUCAAAGGAGUUGGGACAUUAAUUUCAUGCAUGGAGCUCUGUCCCUUUCAGUGCAAUCAGUGGAGGUAUCAGGGUUCCAAAACUUUGUUCAGAUGAGAAACCCAGCUUUGGAUAAAGAAGACAGCUUUUUAAAAGAAUUCUGGCAACAGAUGUUUAAUUGUAUGUUCCCAACGACUCCUAUAGAGGAAGAGCAUGAGACUCUCUGCACUGGGGAGGAGAAACUUGAGAGCCUCCCCAUGACUGUGUUUGAAACCAGCAUGACUGCCCACAGCUACAGUGUCUACAUUGCUGUCUACGCAAUUGCACAUGCUUUGCAUAGUCUGUAUUCUUCCCAAGUCUGGCAAAGGACAACAAGGAGGCAGAAAGUCCUCAAUCAAGAGUCAUGGAAGCUUCACCAUUUUCUGCGGAGUAUAUCAUUUAAUAGCAGUACUGGAGAGAUUUCCUUUGAUAGCAAUGGGGAAAUAGUUGCAGGAUUUGAUAUUAUAAACUGGAUCACAUUUCCAAAUCAGACAUUUCUUAGAGUCAAAGUUGGAAGGAUAGAUCCAGGAACACUCUCUGAUGAACCAUUGACUAUUUCUGAAGAGAAGAUCAUUUGGCCCAACCGGUUUAAUCAGGAAAGACCCCUCUCACUCUGUAAUGAGAAGUGCCAUUCAGGUUACAGGAAGACCAAAAUUGAAGGAAAAUUGUUUUGCUGCUAUGGUUGCACUCUGUGUCCAAAGGGGAAGAUCUCAGAUCAGACAGAUAUGGAUGAUUGCUUCCAAUGCCCAGAAGAUCAAUAUCCAAACAAUAAACAGGAUUUAUGCAUGCCAAAGCAUGUAAGUUAUCUAUCUUACGGAGACUUGUUGGCGACAGGCUUAGCCACAUCAGCUCUUGUGCUUUCUUUUAUCACAAUCUUUGUGCUAGGAAUCUUCUUGAAAUACCACAACACUCCCAUCGUCAAAGCCAACAACCGCAGCCUCUCCUACACCCUCCUUAUCUCCCUCCUCCUCUCCUUCCUUUGUUCUCUGCUUUUCAUCGGUCGGCCCAUGAAGGUGACGUGUCUCCUUCGACAGACUGCUUUUGGGAUCAUCUUCUCCGUGGCUGUUUCUUGCAUGUUGGCCAAGACCAUCACUGUGGUUCUUGCUUUCAUGGCCACCAAACCAGGAUCAAAGAUGAGGACAUGGGUUGGGCAAAGACUGGCCCUUUCCAUUGUUCUCUCCUGUUCUCUUAUUCAAAGUACUUUUUGUAUGGUGUGGCUUGGAAUUUCUCCCCCCUUCCCAGACUUUGACGUGUGGUCCAUAAAUAGUGAAAUAAUUAUAGAAUGUAAUGAAGGUUCGGUGGCAAUGUUUUAUUCUGUUUUAGGUUUUAUGGGCUUCUUGGCCUUUGUUAGUUUUAUUGCAGCUUUCCUAGCCAGGAAGUUACCAGACACUUUCCAGGAAACCAAGUCAAUUACUUUCAGCAUGCUGGUGUUUUGCAGUGUCUGGUUGUCUUUUGUCCCUGCCUACAUAAGCACCAAAGGAAAAUACACAAUAGCUGUGGAGAUCUUUGCCAUCUUGGCCUCUAGUGCUGGGCUCCUGGCUUUUAUCUUUUUCCCCAAAUGUUACAUCAUUAUAAUUAGACCAGAUCUUAAUAAAAGGGAACAAUUAAUAAAAAGAGUGAAUUAA